AGUGAUGUAAAAAUGUCUGAUGAGAACUGCACCGAGGUGACCCAGCUCACCUUCUUGGGACUCACAGAGCACCCACAACUGAAGCCCAUCCUCUUUGUGCUCUUCCUGGGCACCUACGUGCUGACAUUAGCAGGAAACCUCGGCCUUAUCACCCUGAUCAGCGUCAGCCCCCAUCUUCACACCCCCAUGUACUUUUUCCUCGGCAACUUGUCCUUCAUAGACAUUUGCUAUUCCUCCACCAUCAGCCCUAAAAUGCUGCUGGACCUUCCAGCAGAAAACAAAGUAAUUUCUUUUGCUGGCUGCCUCACACAGCUCUAUUUCUAUGCUGGUUUUGCCACAGCUGAGAUUUACCUGCUGGCUGUCAUGGCUUAUGACCGGUAUGUGGCCAUCUCCAAGCCCCUGCUCUACAAGGUUAUCAUGUCUCCUGGCAUCUGCAUGAGCCUGGUUGCUGGGUCCUACCUUGCAGGGUUGCUGAAUGCCACCGUGCACAUAAGUGCCCUGCUCCGGCUGUCCUUCUGUGGUCCCUUGGUCAUCAACAACUUCUUUUGUGAUGGGCCACCACUGUUUUUUGUUGCCUCCACUGACACGCACCUCAAUGAGUGCUUAAUGUUUGUGCUUGUGGGUUUCAACUUGGUGGCCACCAACCUGCUCAUCCUCACCUCCUAUGCCUGCAUCCUGGUGGCGGUGGGCAGGAUGGGCUCUGCUGCAGGCAGGCACAAAGCCUGCUCCACCUGUGCCUCCCACCUGGCAGCCAUCAUGAUCUUCCAUGCAUCUGCAACUUUUAAUUACUUGCAACCCAGUUCAUCAAAUUCCCUGGAGAGCAAGAAAAUUGCAUCCAUCUUUUACACCAUUAUAGUCCCCAUGUUGAACCCCAUGGUUUACAGCCUGAGAAACAAGGAGGUGAAGCAUGCCCUUAGUAGUUUUAUCAGGAGGAAAAUGGACUUCCAAAAGACAAUCUCAUGUUCUAUUACUUUCCUUUUUUUCUCUCUGUAA